AUGGCCGAUCCGGGGCGAUUCUGGUCAAUUCCCGCCAUUAAGGGCCCCAUCUUUCGCGCCGUUAUCGCCGCCCGGCGCAUAAAUCGCGACAGCUAUACGCCCGCAAUAUUUUCCAUAUCUAAUCAGCGUCUCCAGAAAUAUCGUAUGUGGGGUGCGCUCAAACCCCACCACGUCCCGGAGGUGGAAAUAUCGCCUAACCUCAAUACGAUAUCGCGGCUCGUAUUAAAGAUAUCCGGCCUGCUGUUGAACGAUUCACGUCCCGUGCGAUAUUUUGUUUGCAGUCACGGCCCGCACCCUACAAAUAAUUUAAAAGCGGCCAUCGCACUAAUA